CUUCCAUUUCUCCGUCUCAGCUUCUUCUGCAAGUCUCAGAAAUGUCAGAACAGUUUUUCGAAGAAGCUACGCUUAUCGAGAAGCUUUAUGAGUUCGACAAGCGCUUGAGCGAAUGUACGGACAAGUCUCAGAAUGUUCAAGACUAUGAAGGGAUUAUCGAGUUGUCUAAGACAAACAUCAAGACCAAGCAGCUUGGAGCGCAGCUGAUUCCACGCUACUUCAAGUUCUUCACCAGUCUCGCAACUGAAGCUUUUGAUGCGUACAUGGAUCUAAUCGGUGAAGUGGAUGUCGGGGUACGAGUUCAAGCCAUCCACGGGCUUCCAUUGUUUUGCAAGGAUACACCUGAGUUUACAUCUAAGAUAAUUGGUGUUCUUAUACAAUGUCUCAAUACUGAGGAUUUGGUGGAGCGCGAUGCUGUGCACAAGGCUUUUAUGUCACUAUUUCGGCAGGAUACAAAGGCAUCUUUGACUGCAUUGUUUAAACAUACUGAGGCGACUCUUAGUACUGAUGAGCAGAUUCGUGAAAAGGUCUUACACUUUAUCAGAGAUAAGGUGUUCCCUCUUGAAGGAGAACUAUUAAAGCCUCAACAGGAAUUGAAAAAACAUAUAACCGAUUUAAUCAGAAAGGUUACACUGGAUAUGCAUAAGAUGAGAGAAGAAAAUUCUGAGCUUGUUUGGUCUUCGCCACCCGAUGUUCGGAAACGAAGUGGUCAUCCCAGAUCAGUAGAAUCAAGCUCUCACAGGGAAGAAGAACAUCGAAAUGUCUCAGACAACAGCCAAGACAGCGAAUCAGAAGAUGACUUCAAGAUGAGCUGCCCCAGAAGGUCUCCUAUAAUUCAGAGGUUUCCGCAAUUGUGUCAUCUAUCAGGGGUUAUCUCCGAUGCACUGGCAGAGAGCUGUCUCGGUGAAGCAAGAUAUAAAUUCGUCUUGAAAACAGAGCCAAAAAGUCAACUCUACUUUUCUGAUACCGGUGGGCUAAUGGUUAUAUUUUGGGAACCAAAAAGUUUAGAUAGAAAGUUUAUCUCCCGGGAAAAAACUGUGAAAUUGCUGGAAAAGGUUUCAGGCUAUAUUCGAGACCAGCGUUAUCAUUUGCUGUGUUGGGCAUACACAGCAGGCGACAUGGUUAGUGCUUCCUUAGUUUUGCAUGGAUGGGUGGAAGAGUUUAUUCCGUUGUGCCCACAGUACCUUUGCUAUGCGCUUGAUAUAAGACAUGCAUUGUCGUUUAUUAAACAAUUUGGCAUACCAAGAGAGAGGGAGAUGUAUUUUAACUGCAAUUUUGAAAGGCCAUGUGAUCCCAAGGAAAAAAAGUACUACAUAGAUGAAAUAUUUAGAUACGACACGCUAGAGCAAGCUUUGGUGCGUCUUAGAAGUCAUCCUGUUGGCGCAUCAUUGAUCUUAUUCAAGGGUUGGGAUCACCCUGGCAUCAUCUACCGAGGACCCACUAAGGAAGGGCCUAAUGAAUACAAAGGUCUUCACGAUGUACUAAUGCUUGAUUGUAGAUCGGUUGGAGGGGAAAUGGUGGUGAGAUGCAAAAGUAGUAGCAGUACAGAUACUGGGUUUAAGGGAUACAUUUACGUUUCUACAGAAGUGAUGUGGAUAGUAGUUGGAGAAAAAUCUGACAAGGAAGCUGUUUGCCCUGAAAAACCGCAACAUCUCCUUCACGAAUUCUAUUCUAUAGGCAUGAAAACAGGUCCUCUGGGUCUAAAAUUUAAAGAGAAGCCAAAUCGAGCAAAGAAAAAUCUCAAGUUUAAGAUGGCAGAGAUAGAAUAUGAAGAAUAUGUAGACGAGGAUGAAGAAUUUCUCGAAGAGGAUGAAGAAAUGUUCGAAGAGGAUGAAGAAAUGGUCGAAGAUGAUGAAGAAUCUCAUCGAGACCAUGGACCUCGAAGAGGGAUGUCGGUGCUCCAAGGAGAAGAGCCAAAGGAUCAGCGAGUUUACAAGAAAGACAUCACUGACAAAGGAUGUCUGUUUGCGUUUUCCACUGGUCUAACUCAAGCGACAGCUACUAAACAAUCACCUGGUGAAGUUGUUCAAAAAGUGGAAUCUCCUGUGGUCGUUGUCACUGGUGCCUCUAAAGGGGUUGGUAAAGCAAUUGCUCUAGCCUUGGGUAAAGCUGGCUGUAAGGUCUUGGUGAAUUAUGCUGGGUCAGCAAAGGAGGCUGAAGAAGUUUCUAAACAGAUUGAAGAAUAUGGUGGCCAGGCUAUCACUUUUGGGGGUGAUGUCUCGAAAGCGGCUGAUGUGGAUGCGAUGAUGAAAACCGCUGUUGAUAAAUGGGGAACCAUUGAUGUUGUGGUUAACAAUGCAGGAAUUACUCGGGAUACCUUGUCAAUACGAAUGAAGCAAUCGCAAUGGGACGAAGUGAUUGCUUUGAAUCUCACUGGUGUAUUUCUCUGUACUCAGGCAGCAGUAAAGAUCAUGAUGAAGAAGAGAAAGGGAAGAAUCAUCAAUAUCUCAUCAGUUGUUGGUCUCAUUGGUAAUAUUGGUCAAGCAAACUACGCUGCCGCUAAAGGUGGAGUUAUUUCGUUUUCCAAGACUAUUGCUAGAGAAGUUGCGUGCAGGAAUAUAAAUGUCAAUGUGGUUUGCCCCGGAUUCAUUGCAUCUGACAUGACUGCCGAGCUUGGAGAAGACAUGGAAAAGAAAAUCCUGGGAACAAUCCCAUUAGGACGGUAUGGAAAAGCUGAAGAAGUUGCUGGCUUGGUAGAAUUCUUGGCUCUCAGUCCUGCUGCCAGUUACAUAACCGGACAGGAAUUCACCAUUGAUGGAGGUAUUGCUAUCUAGACAUUUGGUAUGAUUCGGCUUUUGUUUAGUUAAAACAAUUUGGUUAAACAGACAAAGUUGAGUUCUUUCUAGCAAUUGGUCGGAUUUUCUAUUUUGCGGUGUCUGUAUGGAAAUAUCUGAAACUCACUGCUUAAACUACGUAUUUGGCCACUUUCAACUUUUUCGUAAAAAGAGCAGAGAACUUUGCCAGAUAAUAUUUUGUACUUUCCCUUUGUUUUGUUUGAAGAAAAUAGCAAAGCAGCCUCUGAAAUCAGAAAUGAAAAGGAAAACUACUG